UGUGUGUGUGUGUGUGUGUGUGUGUGUGUGUGUGUGUGUGUUUUGUAGACGAUCACGAAGCUGAUUCAAGAUAGAAUCCUCACAGGUUUUUACAUUUAACAUGACAGGCGCAAGCUGUGCAACUUUACAUUCAGACCAGAAGACUCUGUGGCAUUUUAACAGUCAAGGAAAUGAGUGAAAAAUCCUCGCCAGUAAAACUAUUCCUUUUAUUUCUGAUGGUAUAAAUCCUAUACAGUCAACUACUAAGCUAAUAGUGUGUGCUCCUCUUGUCCAAUAAAAGCUAAGUGGAUCCAUAAAGCUCUUCUUCAGCAAAUCAGGGUAAUAUUUUUCUUCUAUCUGACAUAUGUGAGGAAAUAUAUAAUCAAAAGAAAAUAUAUUUAUGUAUUCCAAUUAUUGUCGCCAUUCUUUACUCUGUACAAAAUAUUUUGUGUGUGUGUGUGUGUGUGUGUGUUAUGACUUGUCAAUGUCAAUCAAUAUAGUGCAAUGCUCGCUACACAAACUUAAAAAAGGCCAACAGACUUGUCACAAUAAUUCAACGCUUUCUCCCACAUCGGUAUUCAAACAUGCACAACCUGCAACAAUUUCCUCUCACAAAGGAUUUGACUCUGAUUUCCCGCCGUGAUCCAACUGAGGUUCGUCACAUGGUGCUGAUUACUUCCCCAAGAAAUCAUCCAAUACUUAAAAAUGGCAUCUGUAUUAGAUCCACUCACACAGAUAACAUGUGAUUAUUGUUCUCAAUAACGGUCAUCAGACCAGACUUCCCCUCCUGAUCAUUUGCAUUGAACUGUCCCUGUUGGACCAAUAAGAGGAACAUUGUUCCUCUGAACAACAGCAGAAUGGUGAUUUCUGUAUUAUUGAGCUGUAUGGUCGCUAUUGUUAGGUGUACCUUUAUUUCUUCUGUAAAAGUCAGACUCCUUGAUUUGAUACCAUUGAUACCAUUAUUCCAUCUGAGAGGCACAAAACAUUCACCAGAACUGCAAAAAUAAUUGCAUAUAUUUUGGUGUAUUGGGACAUUGCUUUUGGUGAUUUAAAUAGUGGAAUUUUCUUCUAAUGUUAAUAUGUUGGCGGUGAGAGAGGAAAUAUUUGGAAAUGCUUUAUUUCAUCAGUGUUUCUGUAAUUUUAGAAUAACUUCAAAGAGGAGUCUUUGAAAGUGAAAGUGCUACGCAGUUCAGUAAUGGAAAAACAAUUAAUUUAUAUACUAACAACUAAUCGAUUCUAGUUUUGGCAUAUUGGACUUACUUUCACCAGGUUACCAGAAACAUGACUACAUUAUUACUGUUUGAUAACAACAACAAAGUGAAAAAGAAUCAAGAAAUUACAAAUCUGUAAGAUGAGCAUUACCAAAUAUUAUUGUCUCAAUAAAUUGGGUUUGUAAAAACAAAAUACUAAAAUGACUUCACCUCCUGCUGGCUGUGUUGUCAGAUCUCAGAGUCUGGUUUUGAGUUUCUUUCGGGGCAUUUGAAAUGUUUCCUGUCUUGUUCGGACCCAUGUGGGCUACCCUGCUUGUCAAAACGCCUCCUCUUCAGAGGCUGUAUACUCACUAACCUGCACAUUUUUCCUAGUGUGAAGUAGAAAUGUACAGAAAUGUCCUCUGUGACAAAAACAAACAAACCUGCAGCAGGAAUAACGUUGCUGCAGGACGAUUUCCUGCAUAGCUCUGAGAGAAUCAAGUCUGGAUUUCUUUGCAGAUCGGGAAAUAAUUUGACCAAUGGAAAGCGUCUCCAUUGUUACUGCACUCUGAGUCGAAUGAUUUCAUACCUGCUGCUAUUGAAUGAGCACAAAAAGACUUACGUUUUUGGUUUAGUGUCCAUGACAAAAUUCAAAUAUUUAAUUUCCACACACCCCGUUUGUUUUUUUUUUUCCCCCCCUUUUUCCUACGACAGUUAAAAGACCAAGAGUGUUUCUCACCUUGCACUUGGUUUUUGAAUAUGAUGCCUGCUGAACCAGGUGCCUUAAUCAAAUAUUUGAGAACACAAAUCUGCACCUUCUGUCAGUCUGAAGGGGAUUCCCUACAGAAACAAGGGGCUGGGUUUCCCAAAGCCUAAACUUGAAGUACACAAAUUCAAUGAAAACCUAAUUUUAAUCCCAAAUCAAUAGAUUUUGUAUAACAGUCGGCCUUAAACGGCAGAUAUGCUGAUUGUCGUGUCUGCAUAGGAUUGACCUUUUAACGUAUAACUGAAGAAGAACAUCAAUGUCAACUCUAAAUUGAUGUUGUUUUGGGAAACCUGGUUCCGUUUUGAACUCUUUCUCUGCCCACUACGCCACGUUAUUGUGUUUUCUGUAUUGGCUGCUGCUGCUAUCACCGCUGGUGUGUCCGUGUAGAGAAGAGCAAACUUCCACUGUGUCUGAGGCAGAGGGAGACUUGGGCCUGCUUUUUACCUCGUCAAUUCAAUUGCAUUCUGUGGUUUUGACAUGGAGCACCGUGUUGCCGCCUCUUGAGACCUUUUUGGAGAAAAACAAAACAAACAAAAAAAAAGCUUAAAACAGAACUUUCCGUUUCUUAACUUUGCUAUUAUGAAGUGCCAGACCCUCCUUGAAGUCAGUGUUGGCACUGAGUCACGGGUUGCGAAUGAAGCGACAAACUGAGCAUGGAGGUAAGCUGUGGUGCUAAUCUGUCAGUGGCUGGGUGCUAACAUGGCUGUGUUAAAAAGCCGUUUUAGCCAUAUUAUUCCUUCUGUCGAUGACUCUAGUCAGUCUAGUGUUUCUGACUGCUGCACUGCUGUAUGCUGAUAUAGCGAGGUAUAACUGUUGCUGCUGCUUUGCUGAUGAAUGUAGACUAGUCUUCCUCAGCAGGAUCAUAAAGACAGACGUGAGUGUCUGGUUGUGCUACUUCCUGUUGGACUUUUGUUUGGAUACAGAGGGAGACUCUUGUCAUCAGGAUCCAGAAAGAUAAUGAAUGUUGUGUCUUUAUAUGGCGCUAUCCUGCUUGUAUGUUUAAACCUUUUAAACAUUUUUUUAUUAAUAUUAUGGUUUGAUAUUUAUGCUCUGACUCUGUCAAAAGUUGCAUGUUAGAAUUGUUUUUGGGGGGAAUUAUAUUUUGUUGCGUAUUUUUCCAGACCCCAGUGUUCAUACCAUUUCUUUGAUAUUUAUUUGUUUUGUCCUGUAAAUUUACAUGUAAGGAGACAACUUGUUGAAACGAGACUUAAUAGCUUUUCCACUGAAGCAGGCGUUACCAGGAGUCACAGACUUCACAUGAGGUUCACAGACAUGGAUCAAAGUCACAAUGAAACCAGUUUUCUUUCUGUUUUUUUUACUUGCCUGUAUAACUACAUAAUAAUUACUUACUUCAUUUUCUUGUACUUUUACAUAUAAAUGUUAUUAGAUUUACUCAUAGUAUAUCUAUAAUAUAACCUCAUCAUUUAGAUUUGUUUUCAAUCCUGUUACUGCACUUUGGAGAUGGUUAUAAUAUGACAUAUAAAUGGUUAUAAAGUCAUUAAUUAAUGUUUAAUUAGAUAGUGCAUCAAUAUAAACAUCAGAUUGCAAUUUAGGUUGACAACAGAGAUAUUACAAAUUAUAUAAAUCAGCUUAAAAAUGUAUUUAAAAAUAAACCAACGGAUAAUUAAUAUAGAUGGAUAAAACCCCAAAACAGACCAGCAUUUAAAUUUGCUAAUUGUUUCCCUAUUUACAGACUGCACCGACUUUAACCAGAUUUGGCCACGAAACUUACAAUACAUCUUAAAAAUAAUUUGUGUAAUUACAUAAAGAUACCACACAUAGUGGCUUCAGUUAUUACCUUCCUUGCCUUCAGUAUCUUAUGACUUUAUACUCUCUCGCAUUAUGUUCUGCCCUAAAGCCAGUGAAAGGAAGCAAGAUGCUGUCAGAGUUGUGGUUUCAUAGUGACUUUGAUUAAGCGUUGUCUGUGAAGCCCAUGAAGCGUUCUGUCAUUGAAGGUUUGAGGCGGUCAGACGGGGACGGUAGAGCCCGAAACCAGACUCAGCGAGUCGGCAAAGAGAACCUCUCCUUGACACAACUCUUCUUUUGUCAUGACCUUGGACCGAGGUUCGGGUGCUCCACAGCCUUGAAGCUCAGGUUAGGAGUCGGCUCGCCUGCUCUCUCUGUCUUUGGUGGGAAAAAUGUAAGCAUUUGAUCAGUUUUCUGGGAAAACUUUACGACUGCACCAGAGAUGUUUCGCCCCCUUCUGGGUGCUUUUAUUUUUAUCAGAAGGGCUUUGGUUCGCAGUUGUCUUGUCAGGGAGCUCCUGAUAUUAGCCAGGGGCCACUAAAGGCUGGUGGGCAGAGACUCCUCAUCCUCCCCUGCAAUGAAUGAUUGGGGGAGGGGAGUCAUUUCCUCUUCUACAGACUGAUCUUAUUGAAGCAAACGGCAACAACUCACCCGUGAUAAUACAAACAACCCCUCUUUCCAUAUCUACACACGUCAUCAUACAAUACUGCAGUAAUUUACAUCUCCUUCCAGAUUUGCCAAAAUGCAUGGAUAGACAUUUAACAAACAGGAAAUGUUUAUCCUAAAGCAUAUGUUCCGUUUUCUUUUUUUUCAUUUUUUUCUUCAAUUUUGAUAAUCAAGAUGGACAGUGAAAUGAUUUUAUAGUAAAAUCCAUACACGUCCAUGUAGAGGAUGUGGGAGGUAUCGGUCAUUCUGAGCUCCACAGCUACAUGCCAUUGUUAUGAUGCUUCUGGUCUUGUAUGGUAAACAAUUUGACUAGAUCAACAGCAUGGGAUCUUUCUGUAGAUAGUCCUGUGUGUGUGUGUGUGUGUGUGUGUGUGUGUGUGUGUGUGUGUGUUCCUCUCCCCAGUCUCAGUAGGAAGGCUGUACUUCAUUGCUAAGUGCUCUAUAAUAGAUCUCUUGGUGAUUUUAAUUUGUUUAAGAAGCAAAACCUGCAGGAAGUGUAUCCUGCUGAAACUAACUUCAUCCUCUCUUUAGCAAUGUCUAUAUUUGUAGUUCACAUAUAUGCCUGUUCGAAUACAAUAUCUUGACAGUUGUUAUAUUUAUGUUGUGUAAUAAAUGUUGUGCUGGGUUUUUACUUUUCUUUUAUCUAACUUUUGUUUUGUUUCACAUUGUUUUGUUUUUUUCUUUUCUUGGAUGCACAGUGGGUGGCUUUAUGCACAGGCAUGGAAAUCUAAAAUAUGUUUUUUUUUUUUUGGUUUGUACUACUGUAACAACUCAUUCAGUUUCAGAACUUCUGACAGUUUUGUCUCUGGCUGCUUGACAUCCUGCGGACACCUGCCCGGAAUCUCUGUUGUGUUAUUGUGCCUCUCUCUUUUUCUUUCUUAUUUUGUAAACCAUUAUUUCUCUGUUGUAUCAGCCGGGAGUUGGUACCACAGCUCUGCUUGUAACCACAAUAGUCUGAUUAUGUUUAUUGAUUUUAAUAUCAAAAUAAUAAAACCAUUAGCACCCCAUCCUUAAUCUUGUCUGUUUAAUUGGUUCAUGUAACUAUGUGCAGAUGGGGUUUAGGAUCACUGAGAUGAAGAGCCAAGUGUACAUAUUGAUUUGCGCAAAUAUUUUAAUUUAAUUUUCAUAGUAUUAGCAAAAAAACAUCAUCACAGGUUAUCUCAUUCCUCUAUAUAAACUUUUAAUGUAUGUAUAUGUCUAACAAGAUAAUAUAGGUAUAAGGAAGGGACAAAAUACAGGAACACUAUACCUAUUGACACGCUGUUGGAGAUUUCAGGCCCAAAUCUAUUAAUUUCUACUGAAGAUGUUUACGGGUCAGAAAUAUAUAGUUUCCCUUCUAGAAAAGGCUCAUUAUUUCCUAAAAAAACUUUUUUAGCAGGUGAUACUUAGAAGAAGGGAAAUAUAAUUUUGUAUAAUUUGGUGCUCUCAUAAGUAUUUCUGACAUUAUGCGUCUCACGUUUCAGGAAAGGGUUUCCUAGAAAAAAAGUAUUUUGUUUAAAUUUUUACUAUAAAACCGUACAUAUUUGGGAAACCAUGUUAUAACUAAAAUGUAGUUAUUGAAUGUGUUAUGCAGAGUUAGACUUCUAAUCUUUGACAUCAAUUAUUCGUUAAUAGGUAUAUCAAAUGUUAACAGAAUAAGUUAUUUAUUGAUCACACAGUGGUUUUAAUAUUUGCAGUGUGACAAACUAUUGCUUCGCCUUCAGUAGAGCGCGUCAUCUUUAGAGCCUCCAGCUUGCCGUACAAAAACAAAUAUGGCGUCUUCCGCGGACGUACACGUCCGAAUUUGUGGACAAGAAAUUAUAAAAUAUGACCUAGAAAUUAAGGCUCUUGUUCAGGACAUCAGGGAUUGCCCUGGACCUCAGUCAACUCUCAUGGAGUUCAACUCCCAGGUCAAAGAGAAGUUCAACAAGCUCAGACUGAGAAUACAGGAUCUGGAGCAGAUGGCCAGAGAGCAGGACAGAGAGACUGACAAACUGGCCAUCCAGGCAGAGACGGAGAGCCAGCGAAGGCAAAUGUUGAGUAACCAGACAGCGUGGAGGAAAGCUAACCUGGCUUGUAAACUAGCCAUAGACCACACGGAGAAGGACGAGCUGCUGCAUGAAGUAGAAAACCACAGCACCAGACAAAGGAAGGUGACCAAAGAUAGCCUAGUAGAGACCAGUAACAACAUCACAGAGAGUCUGAUGUCUAUGAGCAGGAUGAUGGCUGAACAGGUGAAGCAGAGCGAGGACACUAUCGGCACACUGGCCACUUCCUCAAGUACGGUGCAGGAAACCAACGACGAGUUUAAAAGCAUGACCGGGACCAUUCACCUGGGGAGGAGACUGAUCCUCAAGUACAACCGGCGGGAGCUGACAGACAAGCUGCUCAUCUUCCUGGCUCUGGCCCUCUUCUUCGCCACCGUCCUCUACAUCCUUAAGAAACGUCUCUUCCCUUUCAUUUAGCUGCCUCGCUAAAGAACUCACCCAGGCUGCAGGCUGUUGUAUCACUCAGCAGAAAGUUACCAUAUGGACUACAUGCAGAGUUGGAAGACUGGACUUUCGCACAAAGAGACGAGUGUCUAGUUAGAACGUUUCAUAUUGUUUAGCUUCUUAAUUAUUAGCUUAACAAUAUGCAAUAUGUGAGUUUAUAAAAUGGGUAUAAAGGUUCAACUUAAAUUGGUAAUAUGAGGUUUCAUGCAACAACAGUGAUAGGGUUAAAGCCUCAGCAUGCUUCAAACAAAUGUGUGCUGUUCAACCAUGUCUCAAGGUAAACGCUUUUAUA